GGGAGGAGGCUCCUCCUCACGGGUGGUCUCGGGUACUGAUGUGAGCUAUACGCAUACCCAGUUGGCAGUUGCAUUGAUUCUCAAAUGACAGCCAAACUUGCUGCAGCAGUUGGCAAAAGAUGUCAAAACACAAGUGUCCAUACAUUUUCCUCCAUCGAGGACAAAACAAAUUAACGCAUAUCGCAAGCCAAAGCUUCAUGCCAUUGGAAGUUAACAGACCUCAGCACCUAAGAAGAGAUUCCAGAAACAGAAGCUGCUCCUACUGCUCCAUUUGUUUUCUCAGACCUCAGCACCUAAGAAGAGAUUCCAGAAACAGAAACUUCUCCUACUGCUCCAUUUGUUUUCUCCUGGGUUUGUUCAAAUGAAUGAAGAUCAAGCUCCGCAAUACAGAUUGCUAGUUAAAGAAGUUGAAGAGCCUGAGCUAGUGAAGGGAACAACAAUUCUUGAUCAACCACCAUCUCUUAGACUCAGACCUUGGCAAUGGUGGAUCUUGGUCACCCUCAACAUCACCUUCCUUCUCAUCGGACAAUGUGGUGCCGUCAUCCUAGGUAGAUUCUAUUAUGACCAAGGUGGAACAAGUAAAUGGAUGGCAACACUAGUCCAAACCGCAGCAUUCCCCAUCUUCUAUAUCCCAUUCUUCUUCUUUCCUUCCCCCAAAAAUCUUCCUGUUACCACAACCGCUGCAGCCAUCCUUGACAGGCCUUCUAUUCCUAUGCUCUCCUUGAUUUACUUCUUCCUUGGUGCUCUCCUAGCUGGUGACAACAUGUUGUAUUCGAUUGGCCUUCUGUACCUUCCUGUAUCUACUUACUCUCUCAUAUGCACAACUCAGUUGGCCUUCAAUGCAAUUUUUUCUUUCUUCAUCAAUUCUCAGAAGUUCACCCCUUGGAUAAUCAAUUCUCUAGUCCUCCUGACUUUAUCAGCUUCCCUUGUCGCAGUAAAUUCCGAUCCCAUUGAGCAUAAAGGGGUGUCAAAAGGAAAGUAUGCGCUUGGUUUCAUCUGCACUCUAGGUGCAUCAGCAUGUUACUCGCUAUUGCUUUCUCUAAUGCAGUUAUCCUUUGAAAAAGUUUUGAAGAGGGAAACGUUGUCAGUGGUACUGGAAAUGCAGAUCUAUACAUCCCUUGUUGCUACAUUUAUUUCCAUAGGAGGCUUAUUUGCCAGUGGGGAAUGGAGGGACUUGAGGGAUGAAAUGGAGAGUUUCAAGGAGGGGAGAGUUCUUUAUUUUAUGACUUUGGUUGGGGCAUCUUUGGCUUGGCAGGUUUCAUCUAUUGGAGUAGUGGGGCUAAUUUUUGUGGUGUCCUCCCUUUUCGCCAAUGUUAUUAGUACAUUGGCGUUGCCUCUUGUUCCAGUUGCUGCAGUGCUCUUUUACCGUGAGACAAUGAAUGGGGCAAAGGUGGUGGCAAUGUUAUUGGCAAUUUGGGGAUUCGCCUGGUAUCUGUACCAGCAUUAUCUUGAUGGGAAUGAACCAAGGGUGAAAGAGAUGAGUUCUAAUGAAGUCUUCGAUGAGUCUAGUUCUUGACUGCAGUGCUGUUUGUUCACGAGUUCUGCAGCAGGUUGAAGCUUGGGAAAAACAUAGUUUCUCUAUGGAAGUGGCAAUAAAACCUAGUUAAUUAUUUCUAGGCCAGCCACAUUAUAUACAUAGCUAUAUAUGCUGCCUGUCAACUACAUAUUCAAUAUUGUACAUUGGAGGAUAUGUAUAUUUACAACCUCUGCAGCUUAGAAGCUUCAACAAAUAUAUUUUCUCCAUUAGUCUUCCAAUCUUGUCCCUGCAGUUCAAUCGGCAAGUUUCAUCUCCAUGAUAUAACAAAGCCCAGGGAUGUUACUGCAGACGGACCCAUCAGAAUGCCCAUUUAUCUAGUUUUCUAUUCUAUAUCUUUUGAAGUUUGAAGAUGAGAAAAGAGGAAGAUGAGAAAAGAGGAAACUGAAUGUUACCACACCCAAGCAACAUCACUGUAAGCAUGCGUUGUGGUCACAUCCGCAGCCAUAGGCCUCAAAGGGGGACGAACUGGGGGUAGCUUGAUUGAGAAGGUCUAUAUCCUACAAUUGAGGAGAAUGGAUCUUGCGACAAUCCUCAAUAACAUCUUUUCAAUUAUUGACUUUUUCCAUCUUCCCUUUCAUGGCCACCACGUCUGAACAAAUUUUCUUUAAAAGCAGACUAGACCCUUUUGGACC